GCUCUUCUACCGAUUCGUUUUCUAUGUUCUUCGAAGAUAAUGGUUUUCUUCCUCUGUCAUCUUCGUCAUCAAGGCUUCUGAAUCGCAGAGUUGUGUAUAUAAGAGAAACAAUGGAGGAAUUUGAUCUAGAGAAUCCGCUGACGAGCUCUCAAGACCAGCAAUCCGAUACGAUGCCAGCACUUUUCGCCGCAGAAUCAGAUCACAUGCCAUCCGAUGGUUUCAAAACUAGGGAUUUAGAUGUAUCCGUUCGAAGAGAGGCCAUCGCUUUGAUUCUACAGGCGCAAUUUUCCUGUCGCUUCGAUCCGUUCUUACACUAUCUCGCCGUAAAUUACCUCGAUCGGUUUAUCUCCAGACAAGAAAUGCCGCAAGGGAAGCCGUGGAUCCUGAAGCUUGUCGCUAUGUCUUGCCUCUCUUUGGCGGCGAAGAUGAAUAAAACGGACUUCUCACUGACUGAUUUUCAGAGGGGAGAUGGUUUCAUUUUCGACACACAAACUAUUCAGCGAAUGGAGUUCCUGAUUCUUGGAGCUCUGAAGUGGCGAAUGCGCUCGAUUACUCCAUUCUCGUUCGUGCAUUUCUUCCUGUCCUUAUUCAAACUGAAAGAUCCGCCUCUAAGAGAUGCUCUCAAAGCUAGAGCCAAAGAAAUCAUCUUCAAAGCUCAAAACGAAAUGAAGCUUAUUGAGUUCAAGCCAUCCAUAAUCGCAGCGUCUGCGCUUCUCUCUGCUUCUCAUGAGCUGUUUCCCAUUCAAUUUCCUUGUUUCAGAAAAGCUAUUUUCUCCUGUGAAUAUGUAAAUGAAGUGAAGCUGUUCGAUUGCUGCAAUGUCAUGCAGGGCAUAGUGAUGGAUGGGUACGAGUCAGUUUUAUCGAGUUCAGAUACGCCAGUCAAUGUGCUUGACCUUCAUUGCUCCAGCUCAGAAAGCGAGAAAACUAUUUCUAUCGGCACAACUACCAUUAGAGCAGAGAGGGACCUCAAACGGCGAAAGAUCAGCGAUUUCUGCAAUAAAAAAACUUUCCAGCUUUCACAGAUUCAACAUUGCUGAAUGACAACAGCACCGUUCUGAAUUCUGAUAGAGUGAUGAUACUACAACAACUACUACUGCCGCAGAGGACGGGACGAAAUCUGAAGCAACACAAAAAACCAACCCAAUAAAGUAGAGA